CAACCACCAUAUUUCCUCUUUCCCUAGAGUUCAUGAUCGAUGCCACCAUUUUAACAGAAUCCCUUCUUUGGUGUAAUGGCACGCAGUAUUUGGAGGUGAGAGAGAAACAAUAUGACCAAAAGGUUUAUUUGGAUUUUUAUACGGAAUCAACCAGUUCAACACCAGCUGUGAGCAAUGUGUUGGUAUAUGUAGCCUCUUCGGAUAAAAAGAUGAAUCAAAACUACUUGGGUCCUUCACCAUUAGAGGAGUUAGCCAAGUAUGUUUAAAUCUCACCAUGUUUUUUUCCCUCUCGUUCUUGCAAAUGUCGCAAUUUUUCUGUUCAUUUUUUUUUUAUUUCUUUUUUCUGGCAAUUGUUCCUGUGGCAACUUGCAUUGAGGAUGGCAAUCAAUGUUUUAGGCAAUGGCAUGGAAAAGAAUGCUAAAAACUUUGAAUAUUCGUUUCUGUGAACACACUGAAUUUACCGAUGGUUUCCAUAGUUGUUUUUCUCCCCUAUGCAAUGAUGCAAUGUUUGUAGCCUCUAUAUAUCAUACUUACAAGUAACUAAUUGAACUCGGUAUGCUUACUCUGGACUUCUGUAUUUGACAUUUACUAUGCUGAUGUUCUAUCUUGUUUUGCCUGUUAUAACUUUAAAUAUAUUUCCUUUCUCUUUUUGUUGCCAAUCGGGUAGGAUGCACAUGUAAUGGAUCUUGCUAGGGAAGUGAGAUGCAUUCUCUCAAAGGAGGUAAAGAGCUCAGAGAAUGGCGAUCUUUGUGAAUAAAGAUGAAAACAUUGUUGCCUUGAUUACCUUCUGGCAAGCCCCUCAAAACUA